UUCACUUCUUCCCCUGUAAAUGACUCUUCGUCCCUGUCAGGUGGCUCUGUGGAUACAGAUAUACUCUCAUCGAGUGAGUCUACAAGCUCACGGUCCUCUUGGCCUCCUGUUUUUCAUGUGCCUAAGUUUUCCUACGAUGCUGAAUUAAAACUUCAGCAGGCAAGUUUGGCCUAUAUUCAAAAUGGCACUGUACUUAUUCCAGAUCCCAAGUUGAAGUCAUCCAUCCUUGAUGGUUUAGUGCAGGAAAUUGUGCAGCAUAAAGUCUAUGCCAGUGAUAAGGAGAUGGAACAGGUAGCCCAGAGUCUUAUUAAGACACAUCCAUGUUUAACUGAGAAAGGGUCCUGUACUGGAUAUGGUGGAUGGAAGACCAGUUUAAAGUACAAACUGUCUAACUACCGCACACACCUGAGAAAACUGGGCUGCCCAGAGGUGACAGUGAACUCUUUAAAAAACAAACCCGCAGGACAGCGCAGCGCAGCCUUUGGUGUCAAAAAGGCAAAGAGGGCAGAGGUGAACUUUUGCCCGACAUACCCAUCAUCAGAAACUGAGGAGAGUCUGGAGGCCAUGCAGAAAGCUCUACUCUUAGAUGUAAAGAAGAGGAAUAACAGAGAGGUUGUGAAACUCAAGAUGGAAAAGACUUUCGCACACAGAAGACAUGAAGUCGUUCGUGAUGUUCCAAUGGUGGAGGAUUUCAUGGCAAGGUGGCCUGCCCUGUUUGAAGUUAGUGAGAUCAAUGCUGAAUUCAAGAGAAUCACCACUAUCCCACUUCAGUCCAAGUUCCUGUCUCAGCUGGACCUCUACUCUGACAACCUGACAAGGCUGUUCCAAAAGAGAGGAGGACAGCUCGGAGCAAGGCUCAAAACAAUCAUUGCACAAAUUGCUGAUUGUAAUGAUGUAGACACUGGACGAGAGUGUAUCAUCAAGGGAGUCUGUAUCUACAUGGGUGAAGAUCCAGAAAACCUUGUGCGGGAAUAUGUGGGCAUGGAUGAAAACGCCAUCAACGAGGCCAUUGAGGACACCACUGUUGGGAUUUAUGUUCUUAAAGAACAUGCUUCAAGUGAUGAACCUAAGGAUAUUGGAAUUGUCCUUGAAGGCAUCAAGGUGUUGCAAGAUCUAGACAAUGUAGCAUUAGCUGUUGCUAUGCUGUUCGGACUCAUGUAUGCGCUGAACCUCAGCUACCCUGCUGACCUCCGCUUUACCUUUGAGGUAGUCCAGAAGAUUUUCAUGGAACUGGAUGGAGAUAAACUUUCUAACAAAGCACUCACUCUAAAAAACAGGCUCUUUCAGUGUUAGGGGUCAGAGACACUGUGUUCCCAGCGAUAAACAAACAAAAAAAGGACAUUUGAAUUGUCCUCAACAGCAUCUUUGGUAUUGCUGUUCUAUUUUGAUUGCUUUUUCAUUUUCUUUUGUAAAUCCACUGUUGUAAGUUGCCACUAUUUUCUAUUAUAAAACCAUUAUGAAAACAGUUUAAAGAGGGUUUGUAGCCAUUUUAGUUUGCUGCUCUGAGUCAACUAACCAAAUAAAGCAGCUGUUUUUAAUUUGUUACUUUGAAUCCUCUGACAAUGGCUUGUACAAGGUUUACAUAUCUGUGUUUAUUCCUCAAGGAAAACAGGGUUGAUAUUUGUUCUUUCAAUUGUAAAUCCACUUUGAAAAUACUGUUGUCCAUACUGUGAAAAUAGUGAGUGCAGGGAUAACCUUGGGAGUACACUUAUUAACAAAGCACUAGCUGUAAUUUGCCUUCUUCACUUUCUGACAUGUUUAGUUUACUUCAGUGAGAUAGUGUUAUUCAGUUUUGCAUUUGCUCCUGAAAAUGUAGUGUUGGUCAUAACAGUUGACAGUAUUUUGUUUUUGCACUUUUAAAUAUACUGUGACAACAGUUUACGCAGGGUUUAUAACUCUUUGCUUUUCUUAAUCCACUCUGAAGAUAUGUUUGUAUUUGCUUCUAUCGAUAUAAUGUGAAAACAGUUAAUGCAAGGUCAUGUUAUAUGUUUUGUGUAUCCAUUGCACAUCAUGCAAAAUUUGCAUUUCUUUCUGUUGUAAAUCCACUGUUCUGUGGAACUACAAA